AUGUCGGCCCGCCGCGCCACCGCGGGGCUCAGCAGCAGCCUGUACGACGACUUCCUGGCCGAGCACACGCGCCUGAAGGAGCCCUUGGAGCCGGCCACGCACUCGCGCCAUGCGCUGGAGAUCAACACCGUCACGCCCAGCGGCAUGGCCAUCGGCCUGCAGACGUGCGUGCUCGCGUCCUUCUUCAAGGCCGCCGUCAAGCGCAGCGUCGAGUCGGCGCUCGUGUGCGAGAGCCAGCUCAACUCCGUCAUCACGUCCAGCCUGCGCGUGAGCUCGUCGCGGCACCUGGCGCUGCAGGCGCAUCUGCAGGCCAGCCAGGGGCUGCGCUUCACGCUCGAGGCGCAGGAGUCGGCCACGGAGAAGGCGCCAGCCUCGUUCGCGCGCAUCGGCGCCGACUACAAGGCCCAGAGCUUCUUCGCGGGCGCCAAGAUCGACGCCGUUAAUGGGCCCACGCUGCAGGCCACGCUCGGAGGCAGGCUGGGCGACGUCGCGCUGGGGGUGAUCGGGGCCUACGACGUCGGACUCGACCACAGCGACAGACUCGGGAGGUUCACCACGCUCAAUGUGGCUACCAGCUACUGCCAUGAAGACCUGCUGGCUCUGCUGCAAGUGAAUGACGGAGGGCGGAUGGUUCGGCUGGACUUGACGCAGACGGUGUCGCCGGAGCUGAUGGUGAGCUCGAGGUUCGUGUUCGACAGGAGGAAGGACAAGCGGUCGCUGCGACUGCUGGGCAAGUACGCGCUGAGCGAGGCCGAGGCCGUGUCGAGCUCCAUCGGCUCGGACGGCAUCUUGAUCGGCGCGUUCGAGUGGCGCACGUCCAAGCACUUGAAGACGCGCGCGUCGGCGCAGAUGGACUUGCGGCACUACGACAGCGACUCGCACCACCUCGGCGUGUCCAUAGAGAUCAGCUAA